AUGAAGCACGCCAUGACGUCCCUGCCCUGCGAGGCAUACACAGUGGCAAUGAUCUGCCCACUAGAAGUGGAGAUGAGUGCCGCCAGAUAUAUGCUGAAUGAGGAGCACACAAAUACGCCAUGCGAGCAACUAGACACUAACCAGUAUAUCCUGGGACAGCUGAGUGGGCAUAAUGUGGUCAUUACCUCCUUGCCAUUGGGCUCCCAGGGAACUGUCUCGGCGGCCACCGUCGCGAUGCGAUUGACCCGAACCUUUCCUAAUAUCAAGCUGCGGCUUUUAGUUGGCAUUGCAGGAGGAGUACCUAGCUCCAAAUAUGAUAUUCGAUUGGGUGAUGUGGUAGUGAGCACCCCAUCUGGCACCUUUGGGGGCGUGGUGGAAUAUGAUCUAGGGAAGCAGACACCCAACGGCUUCAUACGGAAGGGCUUUCUUAGUCCACCUCCUACAGAGUGGAGAGAUGCUAUUUCCAGAAUGAAAUCCGAUCAUCGGGUUCAAUCCAAUAAGGUUAACGAAUUUCUGGCGGAAAUGCUGGCAAGAUCUGCUCGGCUGUCUGAAUAUGCACGGCCGAAUCCCCAAGAUGACGUUCUAUAUGAUUCAGCCUACGAACACCAGCCAGAGGAACCUACAUGUCUGAGAUGUGAUCCUUCAAAAAUCGUCCCUCGUCAAAUAAGAGAAUUUCAUCAUGAACCAAUUGUGUUCUACGGACUAGUCGCCUCUGGAAAUCAUGUCAUGAAACAUGCUAGUGAGCGCGAUCGAAUCAGCACGGACUGCGAUGGAGUCCUCUGCUUUGAAAUGGAGGCUGCUGGACUUAUGAAUGAUUUCCCUUGCCUGGUUAUUCGUGGCAUUUCUGAUUAUUGUGAUUCUCAUAAGAAUGACAUUUGGCAACCAUACGCUGCGGCCGCGGCAGCAGGGAUCGCCAAAGAACUCCUCAGCUACCUAACACCUAUCCACGGUCCGUUGAUCUUCAUAUUUAUGGAAUAA